AUGACCGAGCGAGAGUCUCCCACUGUCGGUACUAGCGGUAGAAUAUCAGCGAAACGUCCCCGACAAGCGCUGAAUUGUAAGCCUUGCAGGAAUAGCAAGCUCAAGUGUGACAGGUUCCGCCCGUGCUCUUCAUGCAUUUUGAGAGGCCAUGCUGCCUUCUGCUACCAGAACGAAGGUCCAUCAUCUGCCCACGACAAUAAAUCUAAGUAUGUUCGUUCGUCCGAUACGGAUGCCUACCUUCUCACGAUUGCCCUUAGACCCCACCGUGUCGUAAAUUCGAAGUUCGAAUUCAAGAGAAUCCAACAAUCUCUUGCCUCUCUGCAGGCGCAUGUCCUACGGCUCGAAGCCUCCUGGGCUCCCACGUCUGACCAUUCGUGGAUCCGAGAUGGUACACAGGAGCAAAAAUCAUCUUCGCCUGACGCCUCAAACAGUCUCAGUCCCGGCACGACUGGGCGCUUGACCCACCGUGGCUUCUAUACCGGCCCCACAACUUCGAUUUCAUAUCUUGAAUCGAUCUCAUCUCUCAGUGACGAGGGCGACGGGGACAUGAACAAUGUUUAUGAGGCUAUCCUUCCUACGAAGAUUCCUCUGGAUUAUGAAGCCGACAUCGACCUCAUAUCCCAACUUCCGACAUUGAGCAUUGUCGACAGCCUCGUUGACUACUAUUUCGAAUUUUGCACCUGGAUACUCUCUAUCGUUCAUCAACCUUCGUUCUUGGAAGCGUGGGCCGAAUACAAGUCUGGAAAAUCUGCUAAUCGAGUUGUGCUGGCGACCGUAUGCGCUAUCAUGACAGAAACGCUCUAUGAUCUUCCCGAGUCUCACCCUAUUCUCGACAGCCUCCAAGAAAGUCGCGAGAGGCUACGUAUUCGAUACUACGACAUCAUGCGGAGUGCGUUACACAGAUAUCAGCUAGAGACCAAUGCUUACAGUAUGGAAUUCGUCGAGCUGCUGCUUAUCAGGUCACAGGUCCUGAUGCGAUCGAACAUACAUAACGAGGAAAUCUGGCGAGUAAGUAGAGAGUUCGUCGCUGUUGGCACCGCUAUGGGUCUGCACAGGGAACCAGGUACCGCAAUGCCGAUAGAUGUCGCGGAGAGACGGAGAUGGGCAUGGUGGCAUAUCGUUGGGAUAGAGAGAUGGCAGGCAUUCACAUUUGGGAGACCACCAUCUAUCGCCUCGCAUCACUUCGAUACAAGAUACCCAUCUGUCUGUGAUCCUUCUGUAGACUCAACCGGACGCCUGUUCGUUCCUAACUUUGCACUCUUUCGGCUUGCACACCUUCUGGGGGAUAUCAUAGACGACAUGCUCUCCCUCCGUCCCGUUCCCUACAGCAAUGUCCUCGCACAUGAUAAAAAUCUCCAAGAAUGGCUCGACAGCCUGCCUCCGGAGCUCAAUCUCGAUGACGAUGCACUUACCCAUAGUCUCUGCUCCCCAGUCACGGCAGUAUGCCGCUUUGGUGCCCAAAGCGUCCACAUCAGGUCUAUCUUCCUUCAUAUUCGCUUUGCCAUGCACGAGCCAUACGUCAUCGCAGCGCAUCAAUCUCCUGACAUGACUCAAAAUUGGGAUAUUGCUCUAGAUGCUGCCGAGAGCUUGAUCUCACUUGCCUCGCAGGGACGUCCAGAGUUUUUGGAAAAUGCCUCUCCCGCAGUCGUAGGGUAUAUGAGCUUUGGUCCGAUCCAUAUUUUUUCUGCUGCAAUGUUCUUCACCCGUCUCCUCAGCGAUAAACCAGACAUGUCCGAAUCCGCACGUUUGAGGCAAAAUAUUCACAAGGCUAUUUCCACGUUGGAACGCCUUCGCCAUUUGCCCAUGUCAAAGAAAGCCUGGGUGAUUCUCAAGGAGUUGGGGCCGUUGUAUUCAGAAGAAUAUGGUCGGGAGUGCACGGAGUCUCGGUUGCAGACGAAAACUAAAGUCCUCUCGAAGGUGAAGAAUCUUGAUUUCCCCUACUAUGACUCC